UCGAACUGCCCCUUUUAAAUCCCUACGCACAAGUACAUGAACGGUGACGAGCCCUAAAAGUUAAAAGACAGCGGCACAGUGAAAAAUGUCAGCGACAGGAAGCGCAGGCGGCGGAGCUGGUGGCGGAGGACAGGAGGAGGAUAAGAAGCUGGCCGAUCAAUCUGCCCACAUUAAUCUCAAAGUCAAGGGCCAGGAUGGAAAUGAAGUGUUUUUCAGGAUUAAGAGAAGCACUCAGCUUAGAAAACUGAUGACUGCAUAUUGCGAUAGGCAAUCGGUUGAUUUGAGCUCAAUUGCCUUCUUGUUUGAUGGGCGGAGGCUCCGAGGAGAGCAGACUCCCGAUGAGCUCGAGAUGGAGGAUGGAGAUGAAAUUGAUGCAAUGCUGCACCAGACUGGUGGCGGAUGUGGAAGCCCAUAGCUGCUCAUUUAAAAUACUCAGGUAGGGAGGGAAGACUGGGAGCAAAGUAGGAGUACCAUAAUUUGUUAUAUCAAUGUAAAUGAAACAGUAGUUUUGUUGGUUAGCUAU